AUGUCAUCCACCGCUCAUCAUAGUUUGAUAGCAUUAUGUAGAGCGGGCAAGUUGAAGGAGGCGCUGCACAUUCUGCUUACCACUCUCAAUCCCCCUAAAGACUACCAUGUAUAUCUUCAAUUAUUGCAGACUUGCAUUCUCAAGAACGCGCUUUCAGAAGGGAAAAAUGUCCAUUCUUUCAUCGCUCACAGGCGAUUUUCAUUGGCUCACCUUACAGAUUUGUAUAAUAGGCUUAUUUACUUGUAUGUCAAGUGCGAAAGUUUGGAGGAUGCUCGAAAAGUUUUUGAUCAGAUGAAAAAACGAUACAUUUUCUCAUGGAAUACGAUUGUUGCAGCGUACGGAAGACAUGGGUACUCUCACGAGGCAGUCACUCUGUUUCACGAAAUGCUACGAGCAGGUUUCCAACCCAAUGAGUUCACACUUGCCAACGUACUCGGAGCCUGUGCCAAAAUUGGAGGCUUGGAACAGGGCAUGGGCAUCCAUAAAAGAAUAAUGGCUGGGGGAUUUUUGUCAGAUGAUGUUGUAGCAACUGCCCUGGUAGACAUCAUCCUCGCUGCCUGUGCCAACGCGGGAGACUUGGAACAGGGUAUGGACAUCCAUCAAAUUAUAAAGGAUAGAGGGCUUUCGUCAGAUGUUAGAGUUGCAACUGCUCUUAUAGGCAUGUAUGCGAAAUGUGGAAGGCUAGCCAGGGCACCUCGCAUAGUUUUCAAGAAAAUGCAACUGGCAGGCGUAAAGCCAAAUGUGGUUUCAUGGUCUGCGAUGAUUGUAGGAUAUGCACAAAAAGGAUCUGUUAGACGAGCUUUAAGAGCUUUAAAGCGAAUGGAGUUGGCAGGUAUAAAGGCAGAUUCAACAAUCUUUGCGAGCAUCGUCACCGCCUGUGCUAAAAGGGCAGCUUGGAAACAGGGAAUUGCCAAAACGAGAGUUUUGAAACAGGGAAUGGAAAUCCAUCAAAGAAUAGAGGAUGGAGGAAUUAUGGGAGAUGUUAGAGUUGCAACAGCCCUGGUAGAUAUGUAUGCAAAAUGCGGAAGAAUAGACAGGGCCCGUAAACUGUUUGAUACAAUGCCUCAAAGAAAUGUGGUUUCAUGGGCUGCAAUGAUCGCAGGAUAUGCAGAAAAUGGAUUUGUUGAAAACGCUUUAGAAACUUUAGAGCAAAUGCAAUUGGCUGGUGUAAAUCCAAAUUCCAAAACCUUUUGCAGCAUCCUCCCUGCCUGUGUGCGAGCUUUGAAACAGGGUAUGAAGUUUGAACAUUCAUCGAAGCAUAAUGGUUGA